AUGCAUUUUCUAACAAUUACCCAACUGCUGGCCACAGCACUGGCUAUAGCCACGGUCCAUAGCGCCUGUAUCCGCAGGGUCUGUUACUUCGCCAACUGGGCACAGUACGGUCCUACAGCAGACACACAGUUCUUCGCCAGUGACAUGGACCCAAACGUUUGUACGCACAUUGUCUUGGCUUUCGCCAAACUUGACGGCAACAAAGUGGCGCCGAUAGAUUGGAAUGAUGAGUCAUCUGAUGGCAUAACUGGACAAUAUGAAAUGCUUGCAAAUCUCAAACAAAAAAAUCCAAGUCUGAAAACCAUGAUCGCUGUUGGUGGCGGGGCCUUAGGUUCCGGCCCUUUCCAGAAGGUUGUCAACACCGCAGCCUCCAGAACAGAAUUCGUCACCACCACGGUCAAGUUCCUGCGAGAUCAAAAGUUCGAUGGUAUCGACAUUGAUUGGGAAUUCCCCGCCAACGGAGGAAGUCCAGCAGAGGACAAGCAUAAGUUCACACUCCUACUCCAACAGCUGAGACAAGCUUUUGACUCAGAGGCCAGCGGGAACGACAGACUGCUGCUGUCUGCGGCAGUGUCCGCGGGAAAGUACACGAUUGAUUCGGCCUACGAGGUGCCCGCCAUCAGUCAGGCUCUUGACUGGAUUAACCUGAUGACCUAUGACAUGCACGGCAGCGACUGGGAAUCCGAGACUGGGCACAACAGCCCUUUAUACCCUCAUGGUUCAGGAGAUCAAUACAAUGUACAGUUUGCAGCCAACUACUGGGUCCAAAAAGGAGCUCCUAAAAACAAAAUUGCCAUUGGCUUGCCCUUCUAUGGUAGAUCCUACACGCUGACAACUUCCAACACAGGACUCGGGGCACCAGCUUCACAAGGUCACAGUGGUCCGUACGUUCGCUCGGCAGGAUACUUGUCUUACUACGAAAUCUGCGAGAUCAUAAAGAAUGGAGCUACUAAAAAUUACAUAAACGACCAACACGUCCCAUACCUUGUCUACGGAGACCAGUGGACUGGAUACGACAAUGAAGACAGUCUUCGAGAGAAGGUCCAGUAUGUCAAAGACAACGGAUUUGGUGGCGUCAUGGUGUGGGCACUAGACCUGGAUGAUGUCAAGGGUAAAUUCUGUGGAAAAGGUCCCUUUCCAUUGGCUAAUGCUGUCAAGGAUGAAUGCUCAAAGUAA